GCUGGUGGGAUACUGUCCCACGCGGGCCGGGUUGGGGCGGAACCCGACCUGCAGCUGCGAGGACCCGGGCGGCGGGAGGUGGCGCCUCGGUCCUGGAGCCGGGGGUUCGCGGCCAUGACGGUGUCGGCCCGCGGCUUCUGGCUGCUCCGCGGCUGCCUGGGCCGAAUGCCGGCGCUGGGCAGGAGCGCGGUGUCGCCCCUGGAGGCGCCAGGAGCGGCCGGGCGCGCGAUCCGCGGCUUUCGGGGCAGCGGCGUGAGACAUGAUGCAGUUAUUAUCUCAGGAACUGAAAUGGCCAAACAAAUCCAGAAAGAAAUACAACAAGGUGUGGUAUCUUGGAUUUCCCUUGGGAACAGAAGACCUCACCUCAGUAUCAUUUUAGUGGGCGAUAAUCCAGCCAGCCACACGUAUGUCAGGAAGAAGAUCAAAGCUGCCACUGCUGUAGGUAUCUAUAGUGAGAUCAUUCUAAAACCUAAGGAUGUUUCUCAGGAAGAACUGUUGGAUAUAACUGAUCAACUGAACAUGGACCCAAGAGUCAGCGGUAUAUUGGUUCAGUUGCCACUGCCAGACCAUGUGGAUGAGCGGACAGUAUGUAAUACAGUUGCCCCUGAAAAAGAUGUUGAUGGAUUUCAUAUCAUCAACAUUGGAAGACUCUGCCUUGAUCAGCAUUCUCUCAUUCCUGCCACUGCUAGUGCCGUUUGGGAAAUAAUCAAAAGAACAGGAAUUGAAACAUUUGGCAAGAAUGUGGUUGUGGCUGGAAGAUCCAAGAAUGUUGGGAUGCCCAUUGCCAUGCUCUUACACACUGAUGGAGAACAUGAACGGCCAGGAGGGACAUCCUGUCUAAAUGGAAAACCACAAGGUAAUUUGUCAAUGGAAUGCCUCUCCUUCAUGAAAACUGGCUCCAGUUGUGAGAUGAACACUUUUGCCAGCCUGGGAGCAUUGUCCCUCUGCUCCAGAAGGGGCCUUCGGUCGUUGCACAGGAAUGGCUGUUCUAGGUGGUGCAACAUGAUGAGUGGUGAUGCCACUGUGACAAUAGCUCACAGAUAUACCCCCAAAGAACAACUGAAGAUCCAUACUCUGCUGGCAGAUGUGAUCAUAGUAGCUGCAGCAACCAAAUUGUGUGGAUUGAGCCAUCCUGUCAUGACUGAAGCAGGCUUGUUGGCAUAAAUUCCAUUCGUUGCCUUUUUGUCUCCGCAUAACCAGUGCUAAUGAAGGAUGGCCUAUUCUUGUGGAGCGUUCACUUGGAAUACUUGUCUUGUGUAAGACAAUAUUGUGGAGUUUUUUUCAGAAACUUGGGGGCUUCAUACUUGUUGUUCCCUUGUAACCCUUACCCUUUACCAUCUUUGAAAGUAUUUUUUGAGUAACAUAAGAAAACAUCUUUGAUAAACCAUAAUAUACCGUAUAGUAGAGACAACAUUAUACUCUAAAAAUAGAAUGAUUGUCUUAAUUUCAUAAAUAUUGAAUUUUUAUAUGCAUAAAUUUAAGCAUCAUUACUAAAUGUUUCUCUCAGCUUGUAUUUUCUGUUUGGACUUGCAUUUCUAAUAAGUACAUUGUGCAUUUGUCAUGAUCAUCCAGUGCCUUUGCCAUUCAAUGCAUUCAAUUUCCAUUAUAUGGCUAGGCUAAGUUUCCCAGUUGACCUGCUUUUUCCAGCCUUAAUUCUUACAGCUUACGGUAUGUUCAUAUUAUUUUUUCACCACUGAGUGCCUGAUUUCAGUAACUAUGUAUUUCUCAUUCUUACUAUUUAAUUAUUUUAAUGCUUUGUAAAACAAGAACAAAUUAUUUUUUUCAGUCUUUUAUGGUCUGAUUUCUGAGUCUGGGCUGCUUAAGUUUUGCUUAAAACAUCUAUUGACUUAAAUUCAUUCAUAUAUUUUUUAAACUAGGACCUUAAUGAAAGUUCUACAUGCUUUAGAUAUUCCCUAUAGUUUUUCCUGGCCAUUUGGGCUAUUUUUCUGGUCAGUCAGUCUAUUUUUUUUCUAUGUAUUAUUUUACUCCAGUGCUGUUCAUUCUCCUCUCCAGAAGGUCUAGUCAGGGUAGACAUGAUCAUGAUAUUCAGUAUCUACAUGCCAGUAGGGGUUAAAUGCCUUCUGUCCCUCUGUUAGCAAAUUAUUAUCUCUGCGUUAAAAAUCGGUAAGUCUAGGGCAUCUGAUCCACAUCUAAUAAAGAGUGGUGUCUAAAACCAUGAUAUCUUCUGGUAUAUCAAUAGAUGAUUUAAAAUCUACUCUACAGCCCCUGUGCCAUUUUUGAAUGUGCUCCCUGAGUGUUAUGACACACUUCAACACAUGACUCCAAUAAAUGCUGCCUGGACUACACUGAGAGGAGAUGUAAGGCAUUUU